AUGAGAGGAGAAAUCCCAGAUUACUUCUCAAAUUUGACAAACCUCAUGCUUUUAAAUUUGGCCAACAACAGUUCAUCAGGAGCCAUACCGCACUGGUUGUUCAAUCUCCCUGCCCUCUCUGUACUAGAUUUAUCUCUGAACAACUUCAAGGGAGUUAUAUUUCCAAUGAUUCAGCUGAAAUCUUCUCCUUUUCCAACAUUAAUAAAUUUAGCCAGUAACAACCUUCAAGGUCCUAUUCCUUCUAAGCUCGAGAAUGUUAAUGUCAUCGACUUGUCACUUAACAAUUUCGUAGGCUCAGUUCCAACACAGAUAGGAGAAGUUCAUGGUAUCAGGUCCAUAUCGUUAUCUGGAAACAAAAUUCAUGGUCCAAUACCUGAAUCAUUUUGCCAAUCAACUAAUGUUCUCCAGGUUCUUGAUCUCUCUAAUAAUAGCUUGUCAGGAGCCAUUCAACGCAACUUAGGAAACUGCAAGUCUCUCAUUUACCUUAAUCUUGGACAAAACAAGCUCGCUGGAAGUAUCCCAAAAGAACUUGAACGCGCUAUCUGA